UAACUCCCUUGCUUCCAGUCCUCUGUUCCAGGAAGGCAGAAUGAAGGCUUUAAUCCUGAUCGCUGCCAUUCUUGGUGUGUCCUUUGCAACAGAUAAUGUUAAAGUCAACAACCAGGGCAAUGAUGGAGGCAAUGUACAUCAGACAGUGAACAUUAACAACCAAGACAACGUUGCUAACAUUAACCAGUACAAUGGCUUCCACUCCUGGAACUCUGUCUGGGACUACCAAAGGGGUCUAUUUGCUGCCCGUCUUGUGUCCAAGAGAGCCUGUGUGGUUAGCAGGAUGAACAGGAAUGUGGUACCUAGCCUGGAACAGCUGAGCAAGGUUACCCAGGAGAAACAAAACCCCAAUGCUCCUCCUCCACGAUCUCUGACCUACACAGUCCUUCAGACCCGUGUGAAGAAUGUGGCCCAAUAUGGCAGCCAGAUUGAAGCUCUCUGCAAAGGUGUACCAACAUUCUAUGCCCAGGAAGUACAAGGUACUGGUCUGUUUGUCAAUCUACAUGGCUGCACUGACCUCGGCAUUCUGAGAUUCUUGGGCAUCUCUCUGUGUGGCAAUAUUGGAUGUUAGAAUUGUGACCCUUACUUCUCCUAAUCUAAAUGACCGUGCCUGGCUGCUGUGAUUCUAGUCCCAUCUGAUCUCUACUCAUCUAACUCUUGUGUGUCCACUGGUCAGAUUGUCUUCUUUGUUUUUUAUAUAUAAAGUAAGAUCAUGUGUUCAUUAAUAAAUUACUACUAAGAACACACAA